UUUCCUCACCUCAUCCUGCACCUACUCUCUCAUGUUAUCUGUUGCAGGCUUGCAGCCUUCUUCUCUUCUAGCAUCGUUUUUUCCGGCGAGCACAGCAACGAAGGUGGUGAGCACGACUCCUCCUUUUCUCACGGGCGACGUCGUCACCUCCCUUUUCUCCUCCUUCCUCCAACCGCGACUACCUCUCGCUCUCUCUGCUUGCGACGACGCCCUCUUCUCCUGCCAUCACUCGAACAGUACACUUGCUUUCUCUCUUCGACCUUGCGAGAUCAAUUUUCAACAAAUCUACCGUAGAAGAUUCAAGCUUAGUGGAGGCAUAGAAAAAAGUGAGGCUAAACGUAAAGCUCUAAGUUUACGAGGGCAACUUGGUAAAAACUCAUAAACCUCCUAUUUUCCACGCUUCUUCCUCCGUUUAUCCGUUACCUUCAUCACUUCACUUCACCUGCAUAGGGCGUUAUAGCAGGAGGUACAGCCGGAGUCGUAGUUGAAACAGCUUUAUACCCAAUUGACACUAUAAAAACACGUUUGCAGGCCGCUCGGGGAGGAGAAAAACUAAUACUGAAGGGACUUUAUUCUGGAUUGGCAGGGAACCUUGCUGGUGUCUUACCGGCAUCAGCUUUAUUUGUUGGAGUUUAUGAGCCUAUGAAGCAGAAACUGUUGAGGAUGUUUCCUGAAAACCUGAGUGCUUUUGCUCAUCUGACUGCAGGUGCCAUAGGGGGCAUUGCUGCUUCACUGAUUCGCGUUCCAACAGAGGUUGUUAAGCAACGAAUGCAAACUGGACAGUUUACUUCAGCUGCUGGUGCUGUCCGCUUCAUUGCUGCUAAGGAAGGUUUUAAAGGACUUUAUGCUGGGUAUGGAUCUUUUUUAUUGCGGGAUUUGCCCUUUGAUGCUAUUCAGUUUUGCAUCUAUGAGCAGAUUAGGAUGGGUUAUAUGGCUGCGGCCCGAAGAAAUUUGAAUGAUCCAGAAAAUGCAAUUAUUGGUGCAUUUGCAGGUGCACUAACUGGAGCUAUAACAACUCCCCUUGAUGUCAUCAAGACAAGAUUAAUGGUUCAGGGAUCUACAAACCAAUAUAAUGGAAUCGUAGAUUGUGUUCAAACAAUUAUCAAGGAAGAAGGACCUAGUGCACUUUUGAAGGGUGUUGGGCCUCGAGUACUGUGGAUAGGGAUCGGUGGUUCGAUAUUCUUUGGUGUUCUUGAGGGUACAAAACGUUUUCUGGCUGAGAGGCGUCCUACACCUUCAGAGUCUCAGCCAGAAAAGGUUGAAUAAGAGAUUGUCGCAGCUCCACUUUUCUCGGUGCCAUUUUUCAUGUGUAAUUUGAUAUAAUUUUUGUUAUAUUCCCUCUCAAUUUUAAGCCAUAGGAAUAAGAUUACAGUUUCGUUUGGAUAGUUAGUGUAAGGCCUCCACUGAAAGAAACUUAUAACAAAGUCUUGUGUAACAAGUAACUUGUUUACGGGAGUAUCAAAAUUAAGAAAACUAGCCAACGAGGUACAAUACUGCAGUAUGAUAUCGUUCAAAA